AUUCAACCGGGAAGAUUGCGUUGUCCAACAGGUAUUCGGUCCCGAAAUCGACAGCCCCGCUUUCGCGCUCAGCAUUACAAUGUUGUCGCGUUCGCUCUUAUUCUCCGUUGCGUUUGCCGGUGUAGUGUACUCGCAAACUGUGAUUGUGACUAAUUCAGAUGUCGAUAGCGAACUAUCGGCGACGGGUAAAAUUAUCCGCCCGAACGUAACGAUCACGACGUCCCAGCGGCGCGUUUACGUGCCGAAGGGUAAGUCACUCAAGUUCGGAGACUCGCCGAUCCUCAAGCUGAGCUUCCAGCCCUCGGCGAAACUCUCUAAGGCGCUGUCGUUCUCAGAGCCGAAAAGCUCUCAGUUCUUCCACUUGGUUCCUUCCACUCCCACUCCCGUCAAGCCGGAAUCCACUUCGCUAGCGCCGCCGGCGCCGACGAAGAUGCGUUCGGUCCACCGGAUAUCGAACACGACCUAUCAGAUGCCCGCAGAUUUCCUCUGCGAGGGAUUGGACUGCCCGAAAGGUCAUCAGUGCAGUCUCGCUCAACCGACUUGCACUCCAGAAGAUUGUUCGCUGAAGCCGUCUUGUGCCAAAAAACUCUCGGAUCACUGCGAGAAAUGCCAACCUCCCUGCGUACACGCUAUUCUGAACUUGGACGCCCCCGGAGGAUGUCAUCCGUGUCUCUGCGAGGUCACGGUCUUCAGGCCUCCACCUCGCUUGGCUAAGCGAUUGGCCGCAAUCGCUGCUCAGUAACGAUGGCGCACUCCGGCUUCACUUCUCUCCCAUUAGUUGUGGACCCUCUUCCGUCACUCGGAACCACACAGAUGCAGAUCGAGUCCACUAAAUCUCAAAAACCGCUCCGAGCUCCGAAGAUCGGCAAUUUCUCGCAGAAGCCUUCGGAGUCCAUUUGAUUUCCUCGUUUCUAGCUUCGACCCCGAGUCCUCAAACCACCGAAAUAACAUUGAUCGGAUUCAGCUUCGUAUUAUCACAGACCUAUUUAUUAUCGCCUAGGUAGGUGAGCAUCUAAAUAAUCAAGAAUACUAUACCAGUUCGGCUGUCGAUUACCAGCCGCCUCGUGUACAGAUCGCCCAUGUACAGAUCAGGAGAGCAGAAAUCGAAUCAUGUCCAGACCCGUAGGUACGUAGGUAUAGAUCCUUGAGCAAUGUAUGAAUUGUAUGAGAGCAUGAGAACCAUUCCGAAUUUCCGAGUCUUUAGUACCAGCGUGUAGAAAAUAUGUUCGAAGUUCCCAUCACUAGCCUGGAGACAAUAAAUCUAAUCAA